UUUUAGUACUCAGGCACCUGAGUGUUCCCGCUAUUUUUAAUCCUCUGGGUUCUGCAGAGAGUGCCUCUCUCUCACCAAGCUGUGCUAUAGACCCUCUGUCUUGUGCUGUCCAAGAUGGUGCCAUGGAUGAAGCAGGAAGGUUCAGCCCUAGAAGUGCUGGGUGCCCUCGCUGCAGCAUGGUGGCUUCUUUGGGGAGCCUGGUGGCUGGGCCAUGCCCUGAUUGUCUAUGGGCUGCCCCAAGUCGGCCUGGGCCUUGGGAUAUCUCUGAAGAAGCAAGGAGCCUGGGCAGUGGUAACCGGGGCCACAAGUGGAAUCGGCAGGAGCUAUGCUCACGAGCUGGCCCGAAGAGGCCUCAACAUCGUACUGAUCAGCCGAGACAUGAGCAAGUUAUGUCGGGAGGCAGAGGAGAUCGAAAGACUCCAUGGUAAGGAAACGAGAAUCAUCCAGGUGGACUUCACGGGAGGCUUAGAGAUUUAUGAGGCAGUCGAGUCAGCCCUGAAGGGCCUGGAGAUUGGCAUUCUAGUAAACAAUGUUGGCAUGUUUGGCAAGAAUGCCGUAAGAAAGCUACUGGAUCAGGAGGACUUGGGCAAGGGCAUCACAGACAUAAUAAAUUGCAACAUGCUGUCAGUCUCACAGAUGACGCGGAUCAUCCUGCCUCAGAUGAUAGCCAGGGGCUGUGGUGUCAUCAUCAACAUCUCCUCUGAAUUUGGCAAAUAUCCUGUUCCUUUUACUACCAUGUAUGGAGCUACAAAGGCCUUUAUAAAUAGCUUCUCUCAGUCUGUGGCCAUAGAAUACCAGUCCUCUGGAGUCAUCGUGCAGACCCUUACACCUCUGAUGGUUUCCUCCAACAUGAACCAAUUAGAAACCAAAAGAUUCGUGGUGAUGUCUCCAGAAGCCUUUGUCAGAGAGGCCUUGGACACUGUAGGUGUUUCUAACUUCACCUCAGGAUGUCUAAUACACUUUAUCCAGAGCUUGCUGCUGAGUCCGUUCUUCUCCAACUCCAAGUACAUCUUCUGGAUAGUGAAUUUCUUCCAGCCUCUACUCAGAGCCUUCAGAAGACCCUGAAGAAAUUGUGGGAAGGAGGUCAGGGCUGAAUCGGAGGCCCUUUGUUGGGGGAGGGGAUGUGACUAUAGUUGGUGGGACAGAGGGGUUUCCUCCCAUUGGCUCAUCCCUCUGUCCUGCUCUCUAGGAUCCCUUCUUGCAGAAACCCCAGCCCCAAGAAGUAGCAGCUGUGAAGUCACUAUAAUAAAUAGCAUUCUCUUCAGCCAA